AUGGCGAGAUGGCUGCCCCGCUCCACCGACCUGACCCGCUUCUGCCAGAAGCUCAACCGGGUGAAGACCCUGGAGGACGACAUGAUGGAGACAUCCUUCAACAGAUGCCUUUCCACCAUCGACUUGACACUGCUGGGCAUCGGGGGCAUGGUGGGCUCUGGACUCUAUGUCCUCACAGGCACCGUGGCCAAGGAGAUCGCUGGCCCUGCUGUUAUCGUCUCCUUCAUCAUCGCUGGCUUCGCCUCACUCCUGGCUGCUCUGUGCUACGCCGAGUUUGGAGCCCGUGUGCCCAAGACAGGCUCUGCCUACAUGUUCACCUACGUGUCCGUGGGGGAGAUCUGGGCCUUCCUCAUCGGCUGGAACGUGCUGCUGGAGUACAUGAUAGCCUGGAGUGGCUACCUGGACUCCAUCUUCAACCACAAGAUCAAGAACUUCACUGAGACCCAUGUGGGUGUCUGGCAGGUGCCGUUCCUGGCCCACUACCCAGACUUCCUGGCAGCUGCCAUCCUGCUGGUAGCCACUGCCUUCAUCUCCUUCGGGGCCAAAGUGUCCUCCUGGCUCAACCACGUCUUCUCGGCCAUCAGCAUGGGUGUCAUCCUCUUUAUCCUCAUCAUGGGCUUCAUCCUUGCACAGCCCAAGAACUGGAGCACCCAGGAGGGUGGCUUUGCCCCAUUUGGGCUGUCAGGCAUCAUGGCUGGCACAGCCACCUGCUUCUAUGCCUUCGUGGGCUUCGAUGUGAUCGCAGCCUCCAGCGAGGAGGCCAGGAACCCACAGAGGGCUAUCCCCAGGGCCAUCGCUUUCUCCUUGGGGCUGGCCACUGGCGCCUACAUCCUGGUGUCAAUGGUGCUGACGCUGAUGGUGCCCUGGCACACGCUGGACCCUGACUCUGCCCUGGCUGAUGCCUUCUACAGGAGGGGCUACUCCUGGGCAGGGUUCCUGGUGGCUGCUGGCUCCAUCUGUGCGAUGAACACAGUACUGCUGAGCAACCUCUUCUCCCUGCCACGCAUCGUCUACGCCAUGGCUGAGGAUGGGCUCUUCUUUCAGGUCUUCUCCCGAGUGCACCCCCGCACACAGGUGCCUGUCAUUGGCAUUGUGGUCUUUGGGCUGCUCAUGGCCCUGAUGGCCCUUGUCUUCGACCUGGAGGCCCUGGUGCAGUUCCUGUCCAUUGGCACACUGCUGGCCUACACCUUCGUGGCCGCGAGCAUCAUCGUCCUGCGCUUCCAGCAGCAGAAGGUGGAUGUCCCCGCGCCGGCGGCUGGUGGCCGCCCCAACCCUGAGCCCCACGAGGGUCCAUCAGGUGGUGAGCUGAAGGAGUAUGAGUCCUUUUCUGACAAGCUGCACCUGGUGGACAGGGACAAGAGCAAAGAGCAGCGGGAGCCAGGGCAGCUCAAAGCAGCGUUUGAACCCUACCUGGAGUUCCUCAGCGACUUCUACCCUGGUGAGGUGGUCACGGUGGCCGUGGUGACCCUGAUGGUGUCUGCCAUCUGCCUCUGCUCCAUCUUGGUGUUUGGCAACACCCACCUCCACCUUCCCACCUGGAGCUACUCCCUGCUGCUGGUCCUCUUCAGCCUGGGCUUCCUGCUCAGUCUCUUCCUCAUCUGGGCUCAUGAGCAGCAGCGCAGCACCCAGACCUUUCAGAUCCCCCUGGUACCUCUCUCUCCAGCGCUGAGCAUCGUCCUCAACAUCUACCUGAUGCUGAAGCUCAGCUACAUGACGUGGCUCCGCUUCGCAAUCUGGCUGCUCCUAGGUCUCCUCGUCUACUUCGGCUACGGCAUCUGGCACAGCAAGGAGAACCUGCGAGAGGUGCAGCCCCAGCGAGUCAGCGCUCGCUACGUGGUGUUCCCCAGCGGCAGCCUGGAGGAGAGGGUGCAGCCGGUCCAGCCCAGCCCCCAGCCCACCGCGGGGCUGCCCGACACCGACACCGACACCGACGAGUGCAAGAGAUGA